AGCAGAUGUAGGGAGAAUGCCAAUCAGGAGCUCCUGCUGAGCAGAGAAACCAGACGUCUGUGCCGCUGCCUGCUCGAAAUCUGCGUCAUGGUGUCAAUAAAACUCUGAAGUUGAGAGCCCAGUCAUCAGAAGAAGCGGCGGUCACGAAAAUGGAGGAAACUGGGAGUCUCCAACAAAUCUGAACCGCCAUAAAACUUCUGAUCGUAGGAAGAGCCAUGCUCCCUCAGGACGUCGGGAAGCAGAAGCCUCGCCUUGUGUCGGACCCGGUGUGCGGAGGAGACUGCACCCCUGUCCCGCCUCGGCGCCUGAAGAACCGGGACUUUCCUCUGAGCGUGAAGCGCCGUCGGUCCGGCUCCGCGCCUGAGCACAAGGUGCACUGCGUCCUGGUUGGAGACGGAGCGGUGGGCAAGACCAGCCUCAUCGUGAGCUACACCACCAACGGAUACCCGACAGAAUAUGUCCCGACAGCGUUUGACAACUUUACGGUGAUGGUUGUGGUUGACGGAAAACCGGUGAGGCUGCAGCUGUGUGACAUGGCCGGACAGAAAUGGGGGCUGGUUGAUGGAUCGAUUAAUGGCAAGCUGGAGCGCCUCCGCCCUUUGUGCUACAGAAGUGCUGACGUCUUCCUCCUCUGCUACAGCGUGGUCCGUCCCUGCUCUUUCCAUAACAUCACCACCAAAUGGCUUCCCGAGAUCCGUCAGCAUUGUCCCGGCACCCCUCUGGUCCUGGUAGGCACCCAGCUGGACCUGAGAGAAGACGUUCAGGUGCUGAUCCACCUGGCACAGAACCAGCAGCGGCCGGUGGGCACGGAAGAGGGCCGGCAGCUCGCCCAGGAGCUCGGGGCCGUGAGCUUUGCGGAGUGCUCGGCACUGACGCAGAAAAACUUGAAGGACACUUUUGAUUCGGCCAUCUUAGCUAGCAUCCAGCAGACAGAGACUAACGGCGUCCAGCAGCAGCAGAAGCUAACUCUGAGGAAGAAGACCCCCGAUAAGAUCAAGAGCCUCUCGGAGACCUGGUGGAGGAAGAUCAACUGCCUGAUGGGAGAGCAGAACUGUGAAUUCAAAUGAGCAGUUGCACAGUUCAGUAACACACCUGAGUGAUCGAUUUAGGCAGGUGGGCAACGAUUAUCACCACAAAGAGCAACACAACAAGUUCCAGAAAGAAUCCAAACAGCAGGUUAAAAUUCUUAAACUGACAGAAUUAGAUGUAGGAAAAUGAACUGCGCAGCCAGCGUAAACGGUCUUUAUGAGGUAUCUAGAGUACAAAGGCAGAUUUUAGUGAACUGCAUUAUGUAGCUGAACUGCAGACUUUUAGUGAAACACGUACCAAAGUGUAAAAAUUAGGAUCUUUUCUUACGCUGCGUUGAUUUUUGUGUAGCUCAGUACUAAAGUAUUCAAUUGACAUUUGGUUACUAAACCAUCAACUCUGCUCCGUUUUGUCCGUGCACAGGCCGUGAGAAUGAUCAUUAGAGUGCAAAGAGUUUCUUAAAUACUGAGGCUCUAAGAUAUUCACUGAAAUACUUAAAGUAAUGAAGGGAAAAUAUGGGAUGCACUGUGUAAAUGAGUAACCGAUGCUGCAUUCACACUCCUGACAGUUUGAGCUUUUGUACAGCAGCUGGACUGUGAAUCUGAGGAUACACACAGAUGUGUGUUUGAAUGGAUUAUUUCUGAUUAUUGUGUCCUGAUGUUGUUCAACCCACUCAUCUGAGUGACUCGGUUUGUUUGUCAUUUUUACUCCCAACAUUACUGGUACUUUGUUAGCUGUACUUUAUUUCUCUGUUUAUUGACUGGACUCCCGUUCCUGAUUGUGAAAUAUGCUCAGAA